UACGAUCCGGUGAAAGGCAUGCUGGCGGUGUUGGACUGAAAGUCUUGGGUGUUGAUAGAUUUGUGAAGGUGUGGCUGGUAAAGUGGAUUGCUAGAUGCUGGUGGAGAGGGAGCAACCCAAAGGGCAAGCAGCGUUUUAUGUAUGCAAGAAGCAGGGACGACCGCCUACGUCAGCGUUCCUUCCUUGGCAGCCGGAAGUACGCUUUCACCAGACAGUCCAUGGCAACGCACCAAUUACGCAUCACCGUCAAUUGCCUUUCUCCCAUGAAUCAAGUUAUUUCCUCCUGUUCCACCAUUUUAUCGACAUAUUGCUCUCCCCUCCCGCAGAAAAGAGACCAAAACAUGUACAUGCAAGGGGAAAUUGGUAGGGCGCGCGUUCAUGCUUCUAUUCCUGACCUGCCUUUUUACCAGAGCUCCAGCCACUCGGAUUCAAGUCCUACUGAAAAUUGCAUGUCUCCGUACAUACGACCAAUACGCUGCGCGGAUCCUGAGGUGCCGACGGCCAAGGCCAUCAGGCUUCUUUUUUUUCCCCGAAGAUACCGAAACCACUUUUCAACACGCGUUUACAUUCUUGGAUGCCUUGGCUGGUAAGGCUGGACCUACUUCUGUCGGCGUGCCUAGAAAGGGAUGCAAGAUAUGGUUCGUGAGCCUCAUGACACAAAUGAGCCACAUCAUCAGCCACACUUGCGCCACGAAACACGUCAGAGCUAGCUAAUCUCUCCCCAUCGUGGUGCAGAUGACGAGGAGAUCCUCCGGAAUUGAGCACAAACC